AUGGAACACGGUUUCGCUGACGAUGAUUUUGGAGAACUUUACGCCGACCUCCAACUUCCACUCCUUCCAACACAACCUCAUCAACAACGUGAUAACGAUGACUGCGUCGUUUCAAACAACAACGCCGAUGCCUCCGAUGCCGCUGUUUCCGAUGCCGUUGCAAAUGAUGAUUACACUGGAACUGACAGCGACGAUGGUUUGGAUAUAGUCUUGAACGACGACGAUUGUCGUGGUUGUGAUGAGGAAGCUCAUGGAGGUUUGGAUAACAACGGCGGCGGGGAGGGCUUUGAGCAGACGAAGGUUGGCUCGGAGUUUGUUGCUUCUGAUGGUGUGAAAGGUGGAUACGGUUCACAAUUUUUUCGUUCUAAGUUUAUGAAGACUCAAGGGUCCGUGUUUGUGAACAACGCGAAGGCCGGUAAUUGUUCAUCUUUCCCUCAAGGAAGGGGGGAUAAUAUCCAGAAUCGGACAUCAAGCUCCAGUUACUUUGAUGGAUCGUAUCUUCCUUGGCAUUGGAAAAUAUACGAUGUAAACAUUGAUAAAUUUGAGGAGAAGCCGUGGAGGCUUCCUGGAGCUGACAUAACAGAUUACUUCAAUUUUGGUUUUGAUGAGAACACCUGGAAGCAGUACUGUUUGUCUAUGGCAUCCACACAGGAGCAAUUUGAUCAACCUGUAUCAGGGAGCUUACCAUCUCGAUCAUCAAAAUGUGAAGUGCCAAAGGGCAGGGCAAUACAGGUUGAGGACAGUGUGGUUGAGCGCCAACCGUCCAUACAUGUGAGGCGUCCACGUGAUAUAGAUUCUGAUGUUAUUAUACAGAUCAAGGUGCAGGGAUCCCCUGGCAACGAUUCUGGUUCUGUCAAAAGCAACUUACACGAUUUAUGUGACGUGGGGGAAUUAAUUUCAGGAAAUAAUAGAGACAAAAGCAAUUCUUCCAGUGAAAGUGAUGUUCUAUCUGAUGAGCGGCUAGAAAAUGCUAAAAAAUCAGAAGAGUCGUCUGGUCAAGAAAGAAAUGAGCUGAUUCCUAAUGUGGUUAAAGUUCAGCAUCCAGAUGAAGAGGACCGAGAUUCCGAAGAUGAUAAAUUGCUGGAGGAAGAAAUAAAAACAGAGAGAGUUGGCAUUGACACAUGUAGUGCAGAUCCAUGCUGGAGUGAACCAGAAUUAUCACUUGGUGAUCAAGAACUUAGUCUGACUUCCUAUUCUGACAGUGAUUCUGAGGGAACUGAAGAUAGUUUACAUGUUUAUAAUGAACAAAAUCACAGCCCUUUAAGAAGUCAUUUGGUGAGUUCUGAUACCAACUUAAAGGAGUCUUUGUCACUUUAUGAUAAAACCUCAAAGAACAUCAGUGUCAACAGAAAACCUGUAAAUAUAUCUUACUAUUCAAGAAAUAGAGGUGCAGUACAACAGGAUCAGAGGCAUCAAAGUGGUAGUAGGCAUAUGCCCAGUUCCAAGCUGAAAAAAAACAUAGAAAAUGAUAAUAAUGUCUCUCACAUCCCCAGAUCCAGCGGAAGGAAUCUGUCUCCAUGGGGUCAUCAAUUUGUUAAUUACAGAUCAGAUGAUCGACUGCAAUAUUUUGGAAGUCAUGAAAGAAACGAUGUUUCAUAUAAUUGGGAAACAAAACAAACUUGCUAUUAUGGUGCUGACAAAAAUGUUGAUGACCUGGAUCACGCAGUAUACAGUGAAUAUUCAGAUAGGGAAAGUGAAGACAGAUUCCGGGAGAAUGAAAAUCAAUAUAUCAUAAAAAGUAGGGAUAAAAGGGAGUGUGUUUUUGAACAAAGAACUCUAAUAAAGUAUAAUGAAGACAGUGGUUGGCAUGCUGCUAGUAGAAAACAUUAUGUUGAUGAUCACCCAAGUCUCCUCUCAUACAGGGAAUCAAGGCAGUUUCUUCCAAAGCAUUCCUCCUUUCCUGCUAAAGAUAGGGAAGAUCGAAGGAAAAUAAAGCAUUACAGGCCUCACUUUAAGGACAGAAACUGUGAUUUUGAUCCAUAUUUUGAUGAAGAUGAGUUUGAGAUUUUAAACAGAAGUUAUAGAAUGCCUUCUUCUUUUGCCAAGAGAGAAAGGGAAUCUAUGAAUAGUACACAUGAAGAACAGUUUCUUCAAAGUGAUAGAGUACUAGAAAGAUAUUCAGGAAGGGGUAGACAUCAUCACAGGCCCCCCUUAGUUGCGGAUACCCUGUGGUCUGGGGAACCGGAAGAUAAGUUCUCUGAUUAUGCAUCUAAUCAGAACUCAUAUUUGAAGUAUCAGAGACAACCUUAUACUGAUUCAGAAAGAUAUUAUAUGCAUAGAGAAAGUGAUGGCUUUAGGGGACAUGAGAGACAUAACAAUGCUACCAACAGAGGAAAUGACUGGCACCGUGAUUAUAUUGAUGCUGCUGAAGAAGAUUGGACAACAUCUCCUGUAGACAAAUGUGAGUUUUACCCUCUGCCAUCUGAGGUUCCACACUGGAGCAACAAUGAUAAUAUUCAUUGGCAUCAUGAUGGAUCUGGAUUGCACCCUGACGAGGGUGCAAUAUUCUACGAGGAAACUCCAAGGCACGAAAGACAUGAAAGAAAUAUAACUUUGCAUGCUAGGAUGCAAAGACAUGAUAUAAAAUUGCAGCAGCAUCGGAUAAUAUUGUCAAAGAGAGAUAGGGACAGCUUUUUAAAAAGAAGCUCUAAGGUUAUGAGUAGAGAUUACUGUCACCAGACAGUGCUGAAAUGCAGGAAAUCAGUUGACAUGGUUAAUAGGGAAGGAAAGUCUGCGAAAAAUUCCAGAGUGACGUGCAAUGACAGACUUGAAAAUGUGGAUCAAGGGAUUGCUGAGAAGCGGAAAGCUUUGGUAGGUUUUGAUGAUUCUCGUAAGAAGGCUAUCAAAUUUGACAAUUCAAAUCCUCAGUGUGACAACAGAAAUAAGAAACCGCUUCAGAACCUUUCAGAUAUAGGGCAGAAAAAAGCUUUGGAUGUAGAAGAAGGUGAAAUAGUAACAGAAGAGCCAUGUGUGGAAGUUUCUGUAUCCAGAAAAGGUGUUUCUGAAGAUGCAGCAGUUGCUGACAGUGGGAAGAAACAAAAUGGAAACAAUUCUGAACUGCAUACGGGUAAUAUCGACAGCGUGAAGAUUCUUGUUACAUUGGCUAAAAUGGAGAAACGUAGGGAGCGCUUUAAGCAGCCUAUUAGUUUGAAAAAAGAAGCUGAAAAGAGUUUAGAAGCUGAAAAGAGUUUGAAGCUGAACACCGAGUCGACAGUUGAUAUAGGUGAAACAAAGCAACAUAGGCCAGCUCGAAAGAGGCGCUGGAAUGGUGGUUAG